CUUUAAAGUAGCCUGCUUGUUUCAGGGAUGACAGAGUUGAAUGGGUGGGCUCAUGACCCCCCGACCGUAGCUCUAAUUGCUGAAACAAAAUGAAGAUAGAUGAUCCUCCUCAAAAGCAAAUGAGCAACGAGUGAUAUGCCAGGGAAAUACUGACAUAGAAAUAUAAUCACAAAUGCAAACACAAUCACAAACAUCAGGGAAAUACUGUCACAUAUGGAAAUACAAUCACAUAUGGAAAUACAAUCACAUAUGGAAAUAUAUUCACAUAUGGAAAGAUAGUCAAAAAUAUAGGGGAACAUACCCUCCUCUCAGCUCCCUUGAUAGGAAUCGAUCUAACGAGAUGCCACAUACACCACCUUCCUCACACGGUCAGCAACCAGCGCACCCUCAUGCGCAGCCAAUGAGACAUACAACAACGAUGCCCGUUGCGAACUUUGUCCCAUCACAAAGUGUAAUGUACGCUCCCUCGCAAGAAGACUAUCAAAAUAUUGUAACAAACGAUGGGGACAACAACGGCGGUAUGCCUCCGGGAACACAGAGACCACCAGGCGCCAUGGAAGAGAAUAGAGUGGCACUUAGACAUAAUUCAUCAGGUCAAAUGAUUGUCUCUGGUGGAGACAUGCCACCUAUGAUGCAAUCGGACACUAUUGCCUGGUUGCAAGAUAACUACGUAACAGCAAUGCACAUAAGCAUACCAAGGAAUCUCUUACAUACUCAUUACUCCGAGUAUGCGCUGUCCCGGGGGACGAGUCCAGCGAAUGUCGCAUCAUUCGGAAAGAUAAUCCGGUCUGUAUUCCCUGACCUGAAGACCCGAAGGUUAGGAACACGGGGAAAAUCAAAGUACCAUUAUUACGGGAUCAAAGCCAAAGACACGUCGCCAUAUCAAUAUGUCUAUAGGAGGGGCGGUAUAAUUGGAGAGAAUAAUAACAAGGAUGGCAGUUUAUCGGAUUCAGGUGACAGUCCGAAACGGAUAGAAGACGGUAGCUUCCACGAUGACAGUUCCGUGACAGCACAGGAGUUUCUGCCUGAGCGAGACCCUGAAAUGAUUGCCAGUGAGAGCGCUUCCUUUAUCAUCACUUAUCCGCCCAUACCGUGGCACGAUCUCCUACCGAGCACACACAUUUCUCAUGACGCCCAACAGAUGGUACAGGCGUACGUAACGCACUUGACCGAUGCCUUACAGGCGGUUACCGCGUGCAGCUUUCAAAGCAUAGAGCAGCUAUGGCUCAUGUUCUGGAGAAACCUAACCGAGCAACAACUGUCCGUGCUGACGGUGGAGGCUGUGAUGGAUAGUAUACUACUAUAUGAUCUCAUAUUCUUUCAGAAAAUCAACGCGUUGCUGAUUCCCAACAUCAUCAUGCCGGUGACCCCCAAGCUUGCGGCUUCCAUACGAGACUUUGCUAAGCACAUGGAAACGUGGAUGCUGGCCGCCAUGAAAGGACUGCCUGAGGUACUCAUAUCCAAGCGGAUAGGUCUGGCGUCUGUCUGGUCAUCAUGUAUAAGGGGCCAUACCAGUGUCAAUCAUCUCGCACAGGCGGCCAGAGCGGUGCUUGCGAAUCCCGAUACCACACAGCAGAUGAUUGUGGACUGGGGGAGAAUCGAUUUUUUGGAUAUAGAGGGGCAGGUACAAUGGACGUACGGUGAUAUAGGAGUGCAUAUACUCCGCAAACUCAGAGAUGGGUUCAAUGAUCAGUUGGUGAAUGAAAAAGAACUGGAAACCUUCGUCGUUUGGGUCCAAGAAGUAGUAGCCCCCAGUCAGAAUUUGACCUCCUCAGCAGAAGAUCUCGGCACCAAGGCCGAUUUAUUGGUCGAGAAUUUGCUGAGGAUGAGUUAUAUUAUACAAUUAAUUAUACGCGACUUGACUCUGCGUUCGGCAGCGUCCUUCGGUAAUUUCCAUCUAUUUUCUCUGCUCCUGAAUGAGUACGUGCUCUGCAUGGUGGACACCGCCAAGCUGCUUCAGAGGGCCGCAGUGCUGUGCGCCGGUCUCAAAAUAAGCUUACAACAAACCGGGCUGCAAUAAAGUUUGCCGCAAACCCAUAAAUAUCAUGAUAUAGC